AUGCGUUUCCAGCCUUUGACCACGGCUCUGGCUGUGGGUGUCUCUGCCCAUCUCGCCCAAGCAGCUGGUCUGCACGACGCCGCCGUUGCAAAGGGACUCCUCUACUUCGGCACCGCAACCGAUAACCCCGAACUCACUGACACCUCUUAUGUCACCCAGCUAAACAACACGGGUGACUUUGGUCAGAUCACUCCAGGAAACACGCAGAAGUGGGACUCAACCGAGCCAUCUCAGAAUGAAUUCUCCUUCACCAAGGGCGACGUCGUUGCCGAUCUGGCCGAUGCCAAUGAUCAGAAGCUGAGAUGCCAUAACUUGGUUUGGCACCAGCAGCUGCCUAACUGGGUCUCGAGCGGAUCCUGGACCAACGAAACCCUAACUGCCGUUCUGCAGAACCACAUCACAAACGUUGUGAAGCACUACAAGGGCCGAUGCUACGCAUGGGAUGUAGUGAACGAGGCCCUGGCCGACGACGGCUCCUACCGCGACUCCAUCUGGUACAAGACUAUCGGCGAGGCCUACAUUCCUAUCGCCUUCGCAGCUGCCGCUGCCGCCGACCCAGACGUGAAGCUCUACUACAACGACUACAGCAUCGAGUGGGGCGGCUCCAAGUCCACUGGCGCCCAGAACAUCGUCAAGCUAAUCCAGUCCUACGGUGGAAAGAUUGACGGUGUCGGUCUGCAGGCUCACUUCACCGUCGGCCAAACCCCCGCCCGCAAGGACCUCGCCAGCAACCUGAAGUCCUUCACCGAUCUCGGCGUCGAGGUCGCCUACACCGAGGUUGACGUGCGUAUGCAGACCCCAGCGACGGAGGCCAACCUGCAGCAGCAGAGCACCGAGUUCGCCAACAUCGUCGGUGCUUGUCUCGACACGAAGGGCUGUGUCGGCGUUACCAUCUGGGACUGGACCGACAAGUACUCCUGGGUGCCCAGCACGUUCCCGGGCUACGGCGCUGCCUGCCCCUGGGACGAGAACUUUGAGAAGAAGCCCGCGUACCAGGGCAUUUUGGAGGUUUUGGGAGGUGAGGCUUCUGCUUCUACUUCUACUUCUGUGUCUGCUUCUGCUUCUGCUGCACCUGAGACCACUUCCGCCCUCCUCUCUAGCACUGCUGCCGCUGUCACUCCUACUUCUUUCAGCACCAGCAUCAGCACACCUCCUGCCGCCUCUACUACUUCUUCCAGCUCUCCAAGCACUACUCCGGUCACCUCUUCCAGCACUUCCUCUUCUUCAACUACGCCAACUGACGUCAUCCCUCAGCCUAGUUCAACCGUCACCAGCCGGGUCAAGGUCUACUACCAGUGCGGCGGCAUCAACUACCAGGGCAGCACCGAGUGCGAAGAGGGUCUGACCUGCAAGAAGUGGAACCCGUACUAUUCGCAAUGUCUUCAGGUCUAG